AUGGCGACGGUCAACAUGUCGUUCUACCGCUGGGAGAGCGUCGCGCCGCCGCCCGUCGUCGACUGGCGCAAGACCGUCGCCAUCACGCCCAUCCAGACGCAAUAUGUGUGCUCAAGCUGCUGGGCGAUCUCAGCCGUCGAUUCCAUCGCCAUAAUGUGGGCGAUCGCCAACAACGGCGUCGGGACGAAUCUGUCGCCGCAGCAGGUGUGCGACUGCGCGACGAAGCAGUGCUGCCAGGGCGGGUGGCCCGAGUGGGCCUUCUCCUACGUGCUCUUCAACGGCGGCGUCACGUCCAACGCCAACUACCCCUACCUCGCCUACGAUUCCGCCACGUGUCUGCUCGACACAACCAUGACGACCGCGGCGCAGAUCACGGGGUGGGAGCUGGUGCCGGCAUUCAACGCCAUGGCGCUCAUGAAGGCCGUCAGCAUGCAGCCCGUCGUCGCCUUCAUCAGCGCCUCCGCCGCCGACUUCACCGCGUACUCAAGCCGCAACGUGCUGAACAUUUACAACGGGCUAUGCACGACGGACGUGAACCACGCGGUGGUGGUGGUGGGCUUUAACUACACGGGGCCGGACCUCAAAGGCAGCUACUGGAUCAUCAAGAACUCGUGGUACACCACGUGGGGCGACAAAGGCUACAUGUACCUCGCCAUGACGCCCGACGUGCGCGGGAAAUGCGGCAUCUUAUCAACCCCCGCCAUGUACCCCGUCUACUUCCCAUCCGGGCAGCAGCCAGCGCGCUUUGCGUCCGACAAGGGCGGCAAGUGGCGAAUCAACAAGGUGGACGACCUCUCGUCGUCGCUCUUCUCCACCCUUUCAACCACCACCACCACUACCACCACCACCACUGUUAUUGCGACCUCGCCGAAUGCUACAUGCGCGGGGAUGAUCAACCCGUGCGGCGGGGGCAGUUGUUACAUGAGCGGCGGCGUUCCGCGGUGCAACUGCAGCGCGCUGGCGAAUAUGGUUGAGAUGCUGGGAGUGCCCACGUCCAAGUGCGUGCCGCGAAGUCCCUGCACGACGGCUCCUGUGAAUCCCUGCGGCGGCGGAACAUGCAGCGAUGUGGGCGACGGGACGUACACGUGCGCGUGCUCUGCGGGUUUCGCCAUCGGCGCAGCUGUCGACGGUUCGCCUACGUGCAUUCCCGCUGCUGGACUCGCGAAAUCCUAUUGUGGGCAAAGCGUAGACGUGGUUAUAGGAGACACGUGCGCAUCGGUUGCCCUUAAAUAUGCAGUUGACUACGCAACUGUUGUAUCGCUUAACCCAGCAGUCAACUGCAACAGCACUCUAGCAGUGGGCUCCUCUCUCUGUGUGGCGUCAAAAUCAGCUCUGACGAGCCUUGACUGCACGGGGUGGUACCGGGUGAUGCAGGGCGACACAUGCCCCUCCAUCUGGAAUGCAGCCAACCUCACCAUGUCCAUGUUCCUCACCAUCAACCCGGGCAUUCAGUGCCAGGCGCCCUAUCUGGUGGUGGGCCAGCAGGUCUGCAUCGACUCACCCAUCCUCACCACCAUGCAGCGAAACCCAAACGCCAACUACUCCAUCUACACCAUCCGUGCCAGCGACACCCUCUCCACCAUCUCCACCCAGUACCUUCGUCGCUGCACGUUAACCUCCGUUUCCCCCGCUGCCAUUGCCGCCCAAAACUUCAUCCUCAAUGCCUCUGCACCGCUCCCCGUCGGCCUGAACCUCAUCAUCCCCUGUAUUGGCGGCAUCGGUAUAAUCGACGCCGGCUGUGCGACGUCUCUCACAGUGUGCGGAGCAGAUUUCAUCUCGUACCCGUCGUACUGCCAUGCAGCCGUGAACUACGGCCUUUCACUUUACCAGAACAACCCGUGUGACAACUGUGCGGCUGCAUGUGUUGGUCGCAUGGGGCUGGCCCCAGCCUUCGGGUUUGGCUGCACACAAGCCAUCUGUCCAUACCCAACCUGGAUGUCAGGAUCAGACUGCACUCUAGGAGAUGGUAACAAUGUUACCGCACCGUGCUGCAACUACCGGAAAACGCUUUGCCUCAAGUCAUGCAACGCGACUGCUGAAACUUUGGGUGGAAGCACCACGACCAAAACGACUAACUACAACAAUUGCUGGAACAAUUGCUACUGCUGCGCUGCUGCGCCGUGCGGGGGCCCCGCGUGCAGCACCAUGAGCAGCGCGUGCUAUCAGACCUCACCGCGCACUUGCUCGUACGCCAUUGGAGUUGGUUACACGUUCAUCUGCAGCUACUAUCCUGCUGGAUCUCCCUUGCCUUAA